AGGAGUGAUCCACGAGCUCAAAAGCUCAGCCGAGUCUUCCACUCUAUCUCAGUUCAAAAAACGCUAAUUGAACACGAGGCUCAAGGCCUCAUGCAGGCUCUUAUUAAUGAGAGGCAGCGUAGAAAGCGAGGCAAGGCUCUCCCUCUAGAAGCAGGCGAGGAGUAUCACAGUGGCGCUAUAUUCUGGUCCCCAAGGAAGGUGAAGGAGGCACGUGAUCGCCAGCACCAACAAGAGCUCGAAGAGGAGCAACUACAACACCAGAAGGCUGAGACAGCUCGCGUACGUGAGGAGUAGAGGCAGGAGAAGCUUAGGAAAGUUGAGGCAAGGCGUGCAGCAAGAGCAGCAGCUCAAUUAAUAAGGCAAGAGGAGAAGGCUCGUAAGGCUGCUGAUCAAGCCUCACGACAGGCAGCUCGUAGGACUCAACAACGACUUGAGCAAGCUCAAAAAACUGCCCAAAGAGGCAAGACAACACGCUCUAAGGCAGCUACUAAGGCAGGUUCUAAAAAGAGAGUAGCUACGCAGCCUCAGGGUGGUGGUCAGGCCUCAGGUGCUGUAGCAGGCCCACCACCAUCUCAAUCACGACACGGCCGAGCAAUCAAGCUCCUAGCUAAAUAUAGAUAGCUGCAUAUAUAAAUUAAUACCUAUAGAACUUGAU